CACAGUUUGAUGAUGGAUGUCAUUCAGAAAAUGGAACAAGAUGUCAGAGAGAACAAUGAUACUGUACCAAGAUUCAACCAAACUUUAUCGGUCAAAGAUUUCCAAGACAUUCUAUCAGAGAAUAACCACUGGAUGGAACCGUCGACCGAAGUGUGUCUUAUAGUGGCCUAUUCUCUCGUUAUGAUAUUUGGCAUAGUUAGCAAUUUCCUAGUUUGCUAUGUCGUAUAUCGGAACAAACAACUAUGGUACCCGCUCAACUUCCUCAUUGUAAACUUGGCUGUAUGUGAUGUGUUCCUCAGUUUCAGCCUACCAUUGACACUAUCGAAGCUAAUUCUUCAGUUCUGGAUCUUCGGAAACAUUAUGUGUAAGAUUACCUCGGCAGUACAGACUUUGGUAACGUUUGUGUCAACGUUUACGAUCGUAUCGAUUGCUAUCGAACGGUACCAUAUCAUUGUGAACAAUAAAAACAGAGGAAAGACCAACCAAGCAAUUGUUGUUGGCAACAUUUUGGUAAUCUGGACGGCAGCGCUUUGUUUAAGCAUCCCCAUGUUUAUAUUCCAUCGCGUCGACAAAAAGGAGAUCAUACCGACGCUGCUUGUCUACGAGAUAUGCAUCGAGACGUGGUCAUCGUAUGUUGCUCGUGCCACUUUUACAUCCUGUCUUGUACUGUUACAGUAUUUAUUCCCCUUGAUACUCAUCAUCGCGAUGCACUACCAAAUCUACAAUUAUUUGCGGCAACAGAUCCUGAAAAGUUUCAUCUACGACAAACGGACUAUAAAGAUCUACAAACGCAACAAGAGGAACCUUAUCAUUCUCACGACCACCACAAUGACGUUUGCCAUCACAUGGCUCCCCGUUACCAUCUUAAAUGUUUUGGUUGAUUAUGACCACCGCCUCUUCGGUGGAUCGAACUUCAAUCUCACCUACUCCAUAUGUCUUUUGAUAGCUAUCAGUUCCGUCUCCAUCAACCCCAUUGUCUAUGGGUUAUUAAAUAGCAAGUUUAGGGCAGCACUUUCUGAUAUUUCGCCCUUUACCAUGCUGUAAAAA